UUAGAGUUGCACACAAGGCGACGUGUCUUGCUGCAGUUUAUACUUAAUAUUCAGUACUCACUACAGUGAGUGCCGGCCACCGAUAUUUAUAGGUCUAUGAUGCCGAAGCACUUUCUGCCGAGACCACAUUGUCUGUUGUCACGACCGACGCCACUGACGCCGAGCUCGAUACCAACAGCGGCUGUAACUUCGUGUCAUGUUAUUAAAACAAUUAAACUAAGAGGUUAAUAGUUUAAUAUAUUAUUUAUUCCUCCUGUAUUGCAUUUUUGUGAUCGCGUUCCUCGCUGUAGACAUCUGAUUGUUUUGGAGUUUUGGGUGCCAUUUUUAUAUAUCGUUUGAUAAUAUUACAUCGUCAGAUCGUUUGUUGCAAUAGCGGUAAUUAGAUAAAAUGUCAAACAACUUGUCAAAUCACAAAGUUCCUGGAUACAGCGGUGACGACUCGUCCGAAACCAGCGAUGGUGACAACCCAGAGGUGCUAGAAAUUAUUCCUAAGCCAGAAGUUCCUUUUGUCAGUAGAUAUGGCAUGAAACAUGCCAAGAAUAGCCUCCAGGAUGUUGAAUUUUAUCGUGCUACGUUGUUUAACCUAAAAACUGAGCCUGUUGAGGAUAGAGAAAGACGUUACCAGGAGACUAAUAGAGCAUUCUUACGACGGUGUAGGGACCCAAAUGAAAUUUGUGCAUAUAAUGGUGAACCGGUAGAAGACCUACAACCAGAAGAGACCAGUACUGAAAUAAAAUCUGAACCAAUCGAUGAAAUUGAAGAAGACUCAUCAUCGUUGUAUAUGGAAACUGAACCACUUGAUUAUCCACCGGAGUCCUACUCAGAAUCGACUGACAACUCCUCUCAAAUUAAUGCAUUUAACCCCAGAGAGAAUGAGUUGGAGAACAAUAGGACACAACAGAGUAGUGAACCAGAGGAGGAAACAGACCAACAAGAUAAUAUACCGAUAAUAGUACCUAUAGUUCUUAUAGUACCUCCAGAGGAACCAGGGGAAAUUAAUGAAAUAAACAUGCAACAAGUAGUACCAGAGGCAAUUAAUGAAAUAAACAUGCAACAAGUAGUACCAGAGGCAAUUAAUGAAAUAAACAUGCAACAAGUAGUACCAGAGGCAAUAGUCUUAUUAAAUACUACAACAGAAACCCCCUCUUCGAUCGACACAACAACUAACCCUAGAGCAAGUGACUUGGAUAAUACAAACGCAAAUAUAAUAGAAAACCCGGCAAGUGUACAAAGAAAAACACGAAAGAGAAAAGAUGUUAUCCCUACACCAACUCGCGUUUCCACAAGAAUAAAGAAACCUAGAAUAAUGUAUAACGUCUAAUCAUAAAUAUUCUGCUUUUCUCAUUAUAAAUACACAAUUUAUAAAAGUUUUCUAUUAAAUAUUACUGUAAAAUUUAUUUAGUUGACUUUAAUUUUAAGUAUGUUUUUAAUACAUCAUUAUUUUAUUUCAUUUAAUUUCAUAUAACUUUGGGUAAAAGUUAAUAUUAAUAGACAUUGUAUAUAAAACAGCUUUCAAGAAAUUUAAUUUAAAUUGUGGUCCUAAUCCACUUCCUAAAAAUAAUUCUAAAAACUAUUAUGAUAAACAAGGUUAGUAAAUUUUUUUUUUUUAAUUUUUAUUAUAUUUAUAAUCACUAUAAUUCUAAUCCAAUUACUAAAAAUAAUUCUAAAAACUAUUAUGAUAAACAAAGUUAGUACAUAUUUUUUUUUAUUUUUUUUAUUAUAUUUGUAAUCACAUUUAUAACAAGACUUCAAAAGAAUAUUAACAAAUAGAAUUCAUCUUUGUUUUUUUAUACAUUUUUAUUGUAAAUAAAUUUGUUAUAAUAAAUGUAUGUUUUUCCUCAAUGAA